AUGUCUAGUGAUGAAUACGAGACACCAGAGUCAACACCAGCUCCAUCAACUCCGACAUCAACAACAGCGACCACAAGAACAGCUGCACAAUUUACCACAAGAUCCAAUACCAAUUCCAACGAAGAGAAUUCAUCUUCAUCCUUCAAUGGAAACGGUAACGGUCGUGACGUAAAAAAUUCCUCUGCUACAUCAUCAACAUCAUUCAACAAAGAUGACAGUUAUCCAUUAAAACAUGGUUGUGAUGAUAAUUGGACAUGGUCAAAACGACAUCGCUCCAAAGAGGUCGUUUUGAGUGGGCCCAAUAAUCGAACUGUACAUUUUCAUCCGAAUUGGAGCAAAGGAACAGCAGGUGUUCAAGGCAAACGACCAUUAAAUAAUGGCCGAUUCUAUUGGGAAUUGCAUGUAACGCAACGUGUAUUCGGUACUAGUAUAAUGUUUGGUAUUGGAACGAAACAUGCUCGAUUACAUGCGAAUUCAUUUCGCAAUAUGUUGGGUGAAAAUGAGCACGGUUGGGGUCUAUCGCAUAAAGGUGUGUUGUGGCAUAAGGGAGUUGCUUUGUUGUAUACGAGUCGAUUUCGUGAGAAUCAAGCGACUGUGAUUGGUAUAUUGUUUGAUGGAAUCGAAGGUACAUUGACGUAUUAUAAGGAAGGCGAGUGUUUAGGUGUGGCGUUCCGAGGGCUCGAUAAGAUUAAGGAACCCCUCUAUCCAAUCGUCUGCUCAACAGCGGCAAAAACCGAAAUGACACUCAAAUGUGCCCGUCGGGAUUUUGUCAAUCUGCAAGAUCGCUGUCGAGCCGAAAUCAUCAAACAUGUUAAAAAUCGUCGUGAAUUAGCAAAGCUAAAUCUCCCGCCAUCGAUAACAGCGUACCUAAGUGAAGUCUACAACGACAUUAUACCUUGGCGACAAGUUGACAACUAUGACUUUAUAAUCGAUUUUUAGUGUUUAAGUAUGUUAGGUAAAAGAUAUUCAAAUUUAAAUAGCCUUAAACAAGUAAUUGUCAUUUGCAACACCUACCGGUGACAGUGACAAUUAUUUUUUUAAACUCAAUUUAAAAUUAAUUUGAAUAUAGUACAAAUAUUUAUAGU